GUUGUUUUAAAACUAAAAACAUUUGUAAUUUCGUGGUGUUCCUAAGAUUUCCAAUUAUUUUUACGAAAUAUUUAAAUUAAAAUGCAUUUAUUAAUACUAUACGGUAGUCAAACUGGUACUGCACAAGAUGUAGCUGAACAAUUAUGGCGUUCCUCUAAGAAAUAUGGGUUUCAAGGCCCAGUCUUGCCUAUGGAUGAAUUUCCCAUACAUAAACUAGUUGAGCAGACUUUGGUAUUAUUUGUGGUGGCUACCACAGGUGAUGGUGAUGAACCAGAUAAUAUGCGCAAUUCUUGGAAAUUUUUACUUCGGCGUAGUUUACCCUCCAAUUCAUUGGAGAAUAUGCAAUUUGCCUGUUUGGGACUGGGGGACUCUAGUUAUGGCAAGUUUAAUUACGCAGCCAAAAAACUAAAUAAACGGCUACAACAACUAGGAGCGAAACAGAUUAUACCUCUAGGUUUGUGUGAUGAUCAACAUGAUCACGGUUUAAGUGCAGUAGCUUUACCAUGGAUGGAUCAGCUUUGGCGGCAAUUGCAACAGAAUAUUGAUAUUAACGCAAAAACCAUGAAUGGACUAGAAAAUGCAGCAUCAGUUUUUAGAUGGCAAUGUAAAAAAUUAAACGAAAGAAAGGAGGGGCUUAUCAAUAAUGAGGAUAAUGAGCAAAUUCUUUGGCCAUAUAAAGAUGUGCCUGAAAAGUUCACUCUCAAAAGCAAUAAACGCACCACAGAUCCCUCACAUUUUCAAGAUGUUAGAUUGUUGGAAUUUGUCACUUCUGAUAGUAUAAAUUGGUCACCAGGAGAUAUUAUACAAGUGCAACCUCAUAAUUCUCCAAAACAAGUUGAAGAUUUCUUUUUAUGGGCACAAGAACACAAACUUGAUUUCACAGCCGAUACUUUGGUGGAGAUCUCCAGUAUUCAUGACGAUAUGCCUUUGCCAAAAUGCUAUAGUAAACCAUUGACAGUCGAACAGAUGGUUACAUAUUUAUGGGAUUUGAGCUUUCGUCCUCGUCAGCGGGCUUUUGAACUUUUGGCUUUAAACUGUGAAGAUGAAUUGGAAAAAGAGAAACUUUUGGAGUUUACCACAGCAGAAGGUCUGGAUGAUCUUAUAAAUUACAUAAAUCGUCCUCGCAGAACUAUAUUGGAAGUGUUACAAGACUUUCGACAUGCUUCCUCCAAAUUGUCUCUAAAUGUUUUAAUAGAAUUGUUUACAUUCAUUCAACCCAGAAGUUUCUCUAUAGCCAGUUGCAAAGAAUCAGGUCAGUUAGAUUUGCUGGUUGCUGUGGUAGAAUACAAAACUAAACUAUCCACUCCCAGACAGGGUUUGUGUUCAAAUUGGCUUAAAAAUCUUAAACCAGACACACAAAUAUAUGGUUGUAUAAAAUCGGGCACAAUGAAACUUCCCAAAGAUAUUUCCACGCCUCUCAUCGUAGUGGGACCUGGUACUGGUAUAGCACCAUUUCGCAGCAUAAUACAAAGUUUAUACAUUAACAAAUCAGAUAGUUUACCACCCGCUCUAUUUGUAUUUUUUGGUUGCCGCAAUAGUAAUAAGGAUUUUCAUUUUCAAGAAGACUUGCAAAAAUGGCAGUCAGAAAAAUGCAUUUCCCUUUAUUGUGCCUUUUCCAGAGAUCAGGAUAAUAAGAUCUAUGUCCAGCAUUUGAUUGAAGAAAAUGCUGAUAAACUGAAACCACUAAUAAUGCAAAAGGGUGCAUUUAUUUUUGUGUCUGGUUCUUCAAAAAAUAUGCCAAAAUCUGUAAAGGAAGCUUUUACGAAAGUUGUGGACAAUAAUGAUGCCUUAAUAGAACAAUUAAUAAAAACAAAAAGAUAUCAAGAAGAAACUUGGUCUUAAAUAGUACAAUUUUAAUUAUAAAUAUAUAAAUAUAAAUUUAUAUAAAUAAUAAAUAGAUUUAAGCUAAAAAAUUAAUAAUCUUC